AGGGUCACUGGGGUGACCCCUGAACUGAGCGGGUCAGCUGCCGACUAGUCACGCCCCUGCGGAGUGAGGUCUAGGGGCUCGUGGACAGGCCGCGGAGGGGCGACGGAAAUGGAGUGCCGUUCGCAACUAAUGAAGACCAUUCUGUGGGCGCUACUGGCUGUCCUGCUCACGUUUGAUGUCUCAGGCGCUGAGGUGCGGAGACGGCGACGGCGCAACGAGAAUAUCCCCACCUUCGAGCAGAAGCAGUACACCAUCAGCAGCGUGACAGCCGACACCAAGAACAAUACGCUCCUGAUCCGGGUGGCAGCACAAGGCGCGACAAAUGUGCUUUACAGCCUGGACAACCCACGGCUCUUCCGCAUCGACAGCGACGGCAACAUCUACAACAACGCCAACGGACGGCGGCUGGUGGCUGGCGGCGGGCUCAACUUCACCGUGUUCGCCGUCAAUCCGGAGCACUCCCACCGGAUGGCGACCACCACGGUACUGGUGUCUGGGAACCAGCCGCCGCAGUUCUCCGAUCGGGACUACACGGCCAACGUCUACGAGAGCGCCGCCGGCGGGUCUCUGGUGCGGGCUGUGGUGGCGCAAGACCCAGACACGGACCCCAUCAGCUACUUCAUCCGGUCACCAGGCAGUACCCUGGACGUCGAGGUGUACCAGAUGUUCACCAUCAACCGUCAGACGGGCGUGAUCCGGCUGGUGCGCCAACCACCCAGCUUCGCAGCCGAAGACUACGCCUUCACCGUGGUAGCGCGCGACACGCACAACCAGAACGACACGGCCGCCGUCCGCGUGCACGUCAUAGGUGCGACCGCGGCGCUGAGGUGCGGAGACGGCGACGGCCGCAACGAGAAUAUCCCCACCUUCGAGCAGAAGCAGUACACCAUCAGCAGCGUGACAGCCGACACCAAGAACAAUACGCUCCUGAUCCGGGUGGCAGCACAAGGUGCGACAAACGUGCUUUACAGCCUGGACAACCCACGGCUCUUCCGCAUCGACAGCGACGGCAACAUCUACAACAACGCCAACGGACGGCGGCUGGUGGCUGGCGGCGGGCUCAACUUCACCGUGUUCGCCGUCAAUCCGGAGCACUCCCACCGGAUGGCGACCACCACGGUACUGGUGUCUGGGAACCAGCCGCCGCAGUUCUCCGAUCGGGACUACACGGCCAACGUCUACGAGAGCGCCGCCGGCGGGUCUCUGGUGCGGGCUGUGGUGGCGCAAGACCCAGACACGGACCCCAUCAGCUACUUCAUCCGGUCACCAGGCAGUACCCUGGACGUCGAGGUGUACCAGAUGUUCACCAUCAACCGUCAGACGGGCGUGAUCCGGCUGGUGCGCCAACCACCCAGCUUCGCAGCCGAAGACUACGCCUUCACCGUGGUAGCGCGCGACACGCACAACCAGAACGACACGGCCGCCGUCCGCGUGCACGUCAUAGACGUCAACAACAACCGGCCCGUGUUCACCGAGUGUGACCAGUACCGACCAGAGGUGGCCGAGAACAAGGGCGCCGGCACAGCCGUGCUGCGGGUGGAGGCGACUGACGCCUGACAAGGGUGAGAACGCCGAGCUGGUCUACUCGCUGGUGACCAGUCCCAGCUCGCCGGAGUCGUUCUUCAGCAUUGACCCCACGUCCGGUCAGCUGACUACGCUCAAAGUCUUCAACCGGGACGAGCCGGAUCACGAGAAGGAGCUGCGAGUGAUCGUCAAGGCCAACGAUCGGGGCACGCCGUCUCUUGAAGGCACAUGCGCCUUCGUCGUCAACGUACUGGACGUCAACGACAACGCACC